GACAUGAGGAGUUCAUUAUUUGUGUUCGUGGUGUCUCUGGGGAGCUUGGCAGCGACUUUAUUUUGGGUCACACUGGAUGAUGGGGUAAAUCAUUUUAAACUGCCGAAGAUGAAACGCCAACCCCUUAAGCCCUCCCAGUUUUGCCAAGGCUGCAAGAAGCUCAUUGACGAUACUGUAGAAAUUUAUUCUCGAACCUGGUGGAGGCAACAGCAGCAUCAGAAAAACUUCAGGUCUCUGUUGCGCGAACAGUGCAACGGUUUAGAUGAUGCCAUCCUCACCAAAGCCAACUCUCGAGUGAAAACACAUCUAAGCCCUAAACGUGUGGUGUCAAGAUAUUUUUACAGCAUCCUUCCACGCAGGAAUCCCUUUUUCAAUAAAACGUGGGACACGUGUGCCGUAGUUGGAAAUGGAGGAAUCCUCUUUGACAGUCACUGUGGGAAGAAGAUAGACUCGGCUAACUUUGUCAUCAGGUGUAACUUGCCUCCCUUGAAUGGCGACUUUAUGACACACGUGGGCAACAAGUCCAGCCUUGUGACGGCAAACCCAAGUAUUUUCUACGAAAUAAACAGACUUGGAAACUACUCAGAGCGAUUCCUGGACAGGAUAAGCGCUUAUGGGAACGCCAUGAUUGCUUUGCCUGACCAAACUGAUUUGGUCUUUAAAAGCAUCAGCAUCCUCCGAGCUUUAAAGAGCCCGUCUCGCCCCGUCUUUCUGAACCCGAAAUACAUGAGUAAGCUGACCGACUUUUGGCGCUCCAGAGGUGUGAAGGCUGCUCGGCUCAGCAGUGGGUUGUUCAUGGUGAGCAUGGCGCUGGAGCUCUGCAGGAACGUGCACGUGUAUGGAUUUUGGCCCUUCAACAUCGACCCGUUCGGACUCUACUACCUGCCGCAUCACUACUACGACAACAGAAUGCCGAGAAGAUUCCACAAAAUGUCUGCAGAGUUCAUCAACCUGUUGCAGCUCCACGUUCAGGGUGUGAUCAGGCUUCACCUGGGGUCUUGCGAAAAGCCUUCAUCCUGACAGUGACGCCAUGAUGCUCCCAGGAGUGAGAAACCCGCACAUCCACCAUGACGUCCUUCUAAUUCAAGGAGAGCAGGACAUGGUUGACGGCUUGGCAGGACACAAAAAGGACUGGACACUGUUCACUUUAAAGUCACCACAGUGGAAGGAAAGUGCACAGAAGAUACCACACUGGACCUUUGCACUAUAGCUAAAAAUAGCACAGUGAUACUGUGAGUAAAGGCCUGUUUUUAACUUAUCUUUGUCUUCUGGGGAUCGUGUGGUGUGACGUCUUAUCCUGACAUAUUAGGUCACACUGUUCCACCAUGCAGGAAAAACAGGUUAUGCGUUCACAAUGUCGGUAUUCAUAUAUAUACGUGUAUUGAAAUAUGGAAUGCAGUCUGACCCCUGGUGAAUGUCGAACGUGUGACUUGUAAGUGAUCUGUCAGCGGGUUCAUUUUUUAUUUAGGGCUUGGUUGACAGCGCUUAUAUAAGUUGCUGCUACGCUUGUCUGUAUUACAUUGUUAUUAAAGGUGCCGGGAAGAAUGCAGAGCUGUCGCUACGUCAUGUCUGUAUGUUUGCACUGUCAUAAUGCAUAAUGGUCUCUAAAAACCAGAGUUUCUCGUCAACCAGGUUCCAAGCUGAGAGCUGAGACCUUUAACACUGGUGACAUUCAGCUCGGUUGAUCCUUUUAAUCCACAAAUCACGACAUCUACCCCCAUUGUGUUGCCUUUGAGUUUGGUGUUGCUAAAGCACCUGUCAGUCAAGGUUAUACGCAUUGAGUGAGCUCCUCCGUCACCUGAUUUCUGUCCACAUUUCCAUCUAAUCCUUCCAUCUGUCUGGUGAAGCUAUUUGUUCAGAUCAACCAGGCAGAGGGUUUGGCGUGUUCAACGUGUUACUCUGUGGAGACCAGUUGACUACAGCUGUGUUUUUCAACCUGUUUCUAGUGACGGCAUCCUUGGUUCAGUGAAAAAAUCCCACCAAAGGAACCUCGGCCAAACACAGUGUAGCAGAAAAUGUAUUUGUUUCAUGUGUCUCCACAAAGGGUGCGCAAUAUGUCAAAAUAUGUCAUGAUUUAUUUAUUUAUUUACUUACUUUAAAUAACUGUUUCGAUUUUUUUUGCAUGAUUUUAUUAUCGUUUUGAUUUUCCAGACAAAUGAACUUCAUAAAAACAAUUAUUCUUUCUCUCUUCACAUUUUGGAGCACAUUUAUUUUGUCGUGCAUUUAGUUUUUCGCCAUCCUUUAAACCACAGAGGAAACUCUGACAG